UUUAGAGACUCAGUAUAAAAAUGAUCAAUCAUCUAGUAUCAAAAAAUUUUUUGACAUUAGAAACCUUUUUGUUAUGACUCAAACAAAUAAUCCAGUUCAAAAGAAAUCGAUUUCAUCACAAAAUACAAAAAUUCCC